CUCCCUCAACCCCUCACCGCCGCGCUGAUCCGUUGACCAACGACUCCGGCCAUCCGCCGCCGCCGCCGCCUGAGCUAGCUCCGCCGGCCAUGGACAGAGGCGGCAACCAGGGGAGGAGGGGCUGCUGCAGCAGCCUGUUCACCUCCAUCGUCACCGGCGGCCUCGUGGUGCUCAUCUACUGGGCCAUCUUCCAGCCGCACCACAUCCGCGCCACCGUCGCCUCCGCCGAGCUCUCCAACCUCACCGUCGCCGCCAAUGGCGCCGGCGCCACCGCCUCCUACGCCCUCGCCGUCACGCUCAGCCUCUACAACCCCAGCCUCCGCGUCAACAUCUACUACGACACCCUCGACUGCGAGCUCCGCUUCCGCGGCCAGCUGCUCGGCCACGCCAACGGCGCCGCUCCGGCCGAGUUCUACCAGCGCCGGAAGAGCUCCGACGACGUGACGGUGUCCUUCGCCGGGACGGGCGUCACCGUCCCCGGCGAGCUGGGGAAGGAGAAGGCGAGCGGCAGCGUGAGCCUGGAGGUGGCCGUCGACGCGAGGGUCAGGUACAGGUUCGGCAGCAUCAAGAUCCGGCAGAAGCCGAGGAUAUGGUGCUCGCUGGCCAUCCCCGUCGGGGCCGGCGGCGGCGGCCGGCUCAGCUCCGGCGAGCGGUGUAGCGUCAAGUACUAGACUACUAGAGUACUAGCUACUGGGCAAUGAUUGAGUGCUUAAUUGUUCUUGCUUCGUUGAGAUUCGUGCUGCCCCACUUUGAUUUGUUUUUGUGCAAAACAUUCAUAUUUAGUUUCUAGUAUUGUUUUUGUGUAGGGUGCCAAUUGUUAAUCGUUUUGAUCCAACUGUAUUGCCUAUAUUAUACUUGAAUUAUUUCAAAUUGCGAUUUUUGAAAGAUUUUUC